UGCAAAAUUACCCUCUUCAAAUCAAAUUACUCAAACAAUUUUUUUGAUUUUGUUCUUGUCUAAACGCCAUAAUUUGACAUUAUUUCUCCAUUUCUUUGUUUAUUGUAUAUUGUAUUGCAAUGGGAAAUCAUGAAAAGAAAAAUGAGGAUCUCAAAGUUAUAAAGGUGGAAUACAAAAUCUCCAUGUAUUGUAAUGCAUGUGAAAGAAUGGUGGCAAAAAUCAUUUCAAAGUUUAAAGGAGUGGAGACAUUUACAACAGACAUGAACAAACAUAGAGUUAUAGUAAUAGGAAAUAUGAAUCCUCAGAAGCUUUUGAAGAAAUUAAAGAAGAAGACAAAUAAGAGAGUUGAGAUUAUAUCUAAAAAAAAUGAAGAAGAUGAAGAUGCAGAUAAUGGUCAUAGUAAAAAAUAUAAGGACCAUAAUGUAAGUUUACCACAAGAACCAUUUUUUGUUGAUUUUUUAUGUAAAGAUGAAUUGAUUUACGCAUUUAGUGAUGAGAAUCCAAAUGCAUGUUUUAUUAUGUAGUCAUUAUUUUAA